GUAACAAUGACUGGUGAAAGAGCUUGUUUCAGGAGUAUAAGAGUAUAAGAGAAAAGGAAAGAAUGUCUUCCAAAGCCCUCGCCUCUUCUCAUCGCUCUUCUACACUCUUCGAAUUUCGAGUCUUCCCCAGAUUUCUGGUAUUUAAUAUCUAAUAUCUGUACUUCCAAUCAAGUCCCACGGCCGGUCGUCAUGUCCACCAACGAUCAUUUGACGGCAACAGACAUCAAGAGAGAUGACGAAUGGCACGAGAACGAAGCCGGUAUCGACAACGAGAAGGCUGCUACAAUUGAGCUUGCCGCACAGUAUGUGCCAGGGUCGGAGGCAGAGAAGAAACUUUUGAGGAAGAUUGACAAGAGAAUCAUUCCUACGAUUUGGGGUCUAUAUACCCUCUCUUACCUUGAUAGGGCCAAUGUAGGAAAUGCCAAAACUGGUGGGCUGGAAGAGGAUUUCAAUUUAACCUCCCAGCAGUACUCUAUUGUCCUCCUCGUCUUCUUUAUCUCCUACGUGUUAUUUGAGAUUCCCUCAAACCUUUUUAUCGCGCGAGUUCGUCCAUCACUCUAUCUUAGUGGUCUUUGUAUUCUUUGGGGUGGCAUUGCCGCUUGCAUGGCUGCCACAAAGAACUACAGCCAGCUUGCCGGAGUUCGUUUCGCCCUUGGUGUAGUCGAGGCUGGUUUUGCCCCUGGUGUGGCCUUCUACUUGUCUUCCUGGUACAAACGCUACGAGCUUGCCAGUCGAUACUCCCUCUAUUAUACCGCUACGGCUAUAUCUGGUGCUUUUUCUGGCCUUUUAGCCGGUGUCAUUACGGAGAAUCUCGACGGAGCUCGAGGACUGAGAGGUUGGCAAUGGCUCUUCAUUAUUGAAGGUUGCGGUUCUUCAUUCCUUGGUUUCUUUACUUGGUUCAUCAUGCCUGACUGGCCUUCCACCACCAGAUUCCUGUCACCAGACGAGCGUGUGCUAGCAGCACAGCGACUUGCUCACGAUGGCUUGGGCAACACUGCAGGUGCUCAAGGACAUGUCGGACAUUGGGACGCUUUGAAAAUGGCUGUCGUGGACUGGAGGACCUGGAUGUUUACAGCCCUGUAUAUGCUUUGUACAGGUGCACAGACAAUCCAAUACUUCGUUCCUACACUCAUUGGUGCCCUCGGCUGGACCGGAUACCUUGGCCAGUACCGAACUAUUCCUCUCUAUGCGUGCGCCUUCCUUUUCAUCCUUGUCUUCUGCUGGGGAGCCGAUUACUUCAGGGCAAAACCCCUAUUUAUCACCAUUGCGGCUUCAAUGGGUACUGUCUUCUUCAUCGUUGUGACUUGUGUCACCCAGCACAUGGUGCAAUAUGUUUUCCUUAUUUUGGCAUUUGGCUGUGUGUACGCGCUCCCACCUCUCAUUUUAACAUGGGUACCAAACAUCUUAUCACAUCCCGCCGAAAAGCGUGGUGUCGCCAUCGCCCUCGUCAAUGCGCUGGGUAAUAGCGCUUCAAUCUAUGGAGUCUUCCUGUGGCCUUCUAGCGACAAGCCCCGAUACAUCCCUGGUUUCUCUGCUACUACUAUAUUCAUGGCACUCAUCGUAGUGCUCUCUCAGGUCAUGUUCUGGCUUGUGAAGAAAUAUCCAAUUGAAGCACCUGACGCGGACAAGGUUAUACAAGAAGAGUUCGCAAAGCAGAGGGGCCAUGGCAAGGUUGACAUUGCUUGAUCCUUUUUGUCUAAUACAAGUUUGUACUCAGUAGGGAAUCGUGAGGGAUAUGGAAACGAUGAAUUCCUGGUAUCUUUUGUCUGCUGAAAACAAUUAGUGGACCUUUCCCUUUCUGUCUGUCUUCAGCCUUCAAGCAUAAUGCCAGUGUCUUACUACUGCCUUCGGGCUUUCUUCUUCUCAUCACUGACUCGCUAGUUGCUGGUUGUUCCGGCGGCUGGCGGGGUAUCCUUCUUCCUC